AUGCCCUGGUUUGUCUUCAUCUGCAUUCUAAUCUCCAUAAACCUUUGCAGUUACCGGGACACUUCUGCCACCCCUCAGAGAGCAUCUAUCAAAGCUUCUCGCAGUGCCAAGUUCAGAAGAGAUGAGAACAAUCACCUCAAAGACGUGUACCGCAGUGACGAAACCAUCGAGGUGACAGAAAAUGGCUACAUUCAGAGUCCUCGCUUCCCAGACUCGUACCCUCGCAGCCUGCUUCUGACAUGGAAGCUCCAUUCCCCAGAGAAUACAAAGAUACAACUGGUAUUCGACAAACAGUUUGGAUUGGAGGAAGAAGAAAAUGGUGUCUGUAGGUAUGAUUUUGUGGAAGUGGAAGACAUAUCUGAUACCAGCACUGUGAUUCGAGGAAGAUGGUGUGGAAACGAGGUAGUUCCUCCAAGGAUAACAUCAAACACAAAUCAAAUUAAGAUCACAUUCCAGUCUGAUAUUUACUUUGUGGCUAAGCCUGGAUUCAAGAUUUAUUAUUCUUUAGUGAACGAUUUUCAAUCUGCCUCAGCCUCAGAUACCAACUGGGAGUCAAUCACAAGCUCUGUUUCAGGAGAGUCGUACAAUCACUCUCUGUCAGUAACGGAUCCCAGUGUCAUUGCGGAAGCUCUGGACAGAACCAUCGCAGAAUUUGAUACUGUAGAGGCCCUGCUCAAGCACCUCAACCCCACAUCAUGGCAAAAAGACCUGGAGAAUAUGAAUUUGGACAGGCAUUAUUAUCGAGGUCGGUCAUUCUCUCUAAAGAGCUCAAAAGCUAACCUGGACGGGCUCGUGGAGGACACCAAGCGGUACAGUUGCACUCCCAGGAACUACUCAGUCAACCUAAGAGAGGAGCUGAAGGUAGCCAAUGUGGUCUUCUUUCCACGUUGUCUCCUCGUGAAGCGCUGUGGAGGCAACUGUGGCUGUGGAACUAUCCACUGGAGAAAGUGCACUUGCAAAUCAGGGAAAACCGUCAAAAAGUUUCACGAGGUCAUAAGUGUUCAGCCUACCAGGAAGGGAGGCAAAAUCCCAUCUUUCACUGACAUCCAACUGGAUCACCAUGAGCGAUGUGAUUGUAUCUGUAGUUCAAAACCACCUCGAUAA